AUCCCUCUUCCUCUGCCCUCCUCAGACCGGCACCCACCACCACACCACAGCACACCACCACCGCCCAAAGCGCCAGCAUCGCCAUGAGCAGCGAAGACUCUGAGCAAAAGCCCAAGACCAUCUCCGUCGGCCGUGUCGCCACCCUGAUGAAGGGCGGCUCGCCCGCCCUCAGCCGCACCGACUCUAUCGACUCCAGCGACUCCGAGGCCAUCAAGGGCGUGCUCUCUCCUGACCCGGCCGACUUGCUGGUCGACCGCUUGAGGGGCUGGAAGUCUCUUGUCGAGAAUCUGAUCGACAACUUUGAGGAGCUCCAGAAGGGCGAGAACCAUAUGACCAGCGCCCACAAGAAGAUCGUCAAGGUCUGGGCCGCUCCCUCGGUUGAGCGGGAUACUGUCUUUGGACUCGACAGCUGGGCCCAUACCGUGGUCAAGUCCUUCCACGACAGCUCGGUCACCUUCCAGGCCCAGCACGAUGCCAUCGCCAAGGCCCUGGACACCCAGACGGUUACGAGCCUGAGCUCGGUCCGAGCCGAGAUUCGCAAGAAGCUGAGUGCUCUCGAGGACGAAAAGCACAAGCGCGAUAAGGAGCGUCUCCGAGACAAGAAGGAGUUCCAGAAGCUGACCGAUGCCCUGCUCCGGUCCAUCAAUGCCCAUCGCAAGACCGGCGGCGACGUCACCAAGCUCGGUGACCCCUGGAUCAACGACAUCAAUGUCCGCCGCCAUAUUCUCGUCGCCCAGGGCAAGCACGAGGCCCGCAUCAAGGUUGUCCAGGACUCGAUCCGCGCCUUUGAGAUCUUUGAGGCUUCCAUUCUGCGCAACGUCAAGAAUGCGAUCGAGGGAAUUGCCUCGCUCAAGAUCAUCCAGACCUCCCGAGCCGAGCUCGCUGCCGAGCUGAGCAAGAUUGUUUUGGCGCUCAACAUCGAGGCCGAGUGGGCUGCCUUCCGUGAGGGCUACCUUUCGACCGCGUCCCUGCCGGAGACGAUUGAUAUGUCGUAUGAGGGCAGCCAGGACCCUCUCGUCCAAAUCGUCAAGAGUGGCCUUAUCCAGCGCCAGAGCAAGGGCCUUAUCAAGUCCUACAAGGAGCGCUACUACAUCCUCACCGCCGCGGGCUACCUCCACGAGUUUGACGAGCGUCCCCACCUCGAGCGCGGCGACGAAAUCUCGCCCAAGGACUCGAUCUUCCUCGGCCACUCGACCCUCGGUCCCCUCGGCCUGAAGGACCGCAAGGCCACCGAGUGGACUCUGACGGAGAAGAACGAGGAGGCCAGCGUCUUUAAGCGCGGCAGCCAUGUCUACAAGUUCAACGCCAACUCGCUGAACGAAGCCAACGAGUGGUGGGCCGAGCUCUCUCGCCUCUCCAAGAACACCUUGGCGACCGUCGACCCCUCUGCCGCCUCAACUCCGGCAUCGUCUGCCCCGACCUCCCCCGCCCCGGAGCGAAAGACCACUGAAACUACGACCGAGAAGACGGAGCCUGAAGCUGCCCUCCCUCCUCCUCCCGUUGCCAAAGAGCAGUAGACCUCUGAAUGAAACGAGAUACUGCAUUUUGCGGCCAAGAUGAACCACAUUUCUUGUUUCUGAAUACAUUUACUGUGCCCCACAGCAUCACCCUCCA